ACUAUUUUUUAAUACGUUUUCAAUUAUGUAAACAACAAAAACUCAAAAAAGAGUGUAGCGGCGCGCAGUUCUUAGUUGCACAUUAGUUGAAACGGUUUAGAAUGAGUAAUUUAGGAGUUUUAAAUAAAAUUGUGAAGUUACAAAAAUUAUUGCUGCCUUUAAGUGCGCACAAUUUUCUGCUUGCUUCAAGUUCAUAUGCAACACAAUUUCUGCACAACAACAACAACAACAAAAAGAAUAACACAUUUACUGGAUGCAGUAGGCAUGCGACCCAAAACAACAGGAGCAGGACUUACACGACUACUAAUGAAAAAACGAUCAAUGAUUUUCGGGAACGAGAGGAGCAGCGUGAACGAGAGUUCAUAAAACAGCAAGAAAAAAUCGAAGAAGAGUAUACAAAGAAAGACAGUAAUCCGGAUGAGGAAGCGAAAAAAGCUAAAGUGGAUGCUAUACGCACAAAAAUACUUGAGGCAUCACUUGUACAUGUGCCAGCAUUAGGUUGGAGCCGGAAUGCAAUUGUAAAGGGUGCUGAAGAUUCAGGCUUUCCAGGUGUGAUACAUGGUAUGUUUCCAGAAGGUGGUUUUGCAUUAGUUUCAUAUUACAAUGGUAUAUGUAAUGAUGAACUUGCGCAGAGAAUGGCAGAAGAAACAGAAAAUGGGACGAAAGAAGUUAAGAAUCCUUUGGAAUUUUUAGUACGCGCUGUACGCACACGUAUGGAAAUGAUUAUAGUCUAUAAAGCACAAUGGCCACAAGCGCUGGCAUUGAUAGCUUUACCACAAAAUGCAUCGACUGCAUUAGCGCAAGUUCUAACACUUGUGGAUGAUAUAUGCUAUUAUUCUGGAGAUCGCUCAGUAGAUUUUGAUUGGUAUACACGUCGUAUAGGUCUUGCCACUAUUAUGAAAAUGACAGAAUUAUAUAUGCUACAGGAUACCUCGCCGCAACAUGAGAACACUUGGGAAUUUUUAAAAAAUCGCAUGGAUGAAGCAGUGCAACUACAAAUGAUGCUAUCACAAACGGGAGAUAUGACAAAUAACUUUCAACGUUCCUUUAACUCUGCUUUUAUAACGGCAAGAAAUAUCCUUGGACUUAAUUACGACCGUAGAUAAAACGAUUUAGUUGAUAACAAUUUUUUUUAAAUUUAAAUGAAUACUAUUGAUCUUGAAACUACAACUAAAAGAUGAGCGUACUGUACUUAGUCACUAAUUAUUUAGU